GAAACAAGACCGUCACGACUCUGGAGCGCCUCGGAGCUACGCUCCGUUUGUGGCGUUCGGUGUUUCUUUUCUUCGUAUUCUGCGAGGCUCGUAAGCGGGAGGAAGGCGCCUUCGAGCUUUGAAAAAAAGAAAGAAAGACGACGUCGCCCGCUUAGCUGCCGGUAUUUGCAUAAACCACUUGAUCGUUAGACACAACCCCGGUGUCUUGUUUGUGUUGUAUUUUGGCAUCAGUGGGUUAUCAUGACUGUUCCGUAGUGGUGAGCGAUCGUGGUUGGAAGUGGCACGAGAGUCGGCCGUGUGGAUAUUUUGCGCGUGUGGACCCGGCAACAGCUUUUAGCUGGGGGCGCCGAUUCGGGCCGCACAAGCCGCUGGAAACUUCGUCGCAAGAACCUCUGUGCAGUCCGGCCGAAGCCUUAGAGUAGCAGCAUGGUGCUUCGGAACAAGUUUGAGUCCCUAGAGAGGCAAUCUGUGUUGGGCUUUCUGCAUCGUCAUCGUGUGCGAAAUCUUUGGUGAGGGACGUCGGCUGACUGGCGUCGGCAGCUGCGGCGCCCCAUGGUGCCUGGUCCACCCAGCCAGGGGAGAUGGACACGAGCUGCUCCUCCCCGAGGCAGCAGCAACAGCACCACCACCCCCCGCCCCACCACCACCGCCCCACCGCAUCUGCGGUUGUCAUCAUCGACAGAUCACCUGCCCGCAGUACAACGACUCCCAGUGCAGUGUGCAGACUGACGCCUUCUCAGCAACAACAAAGGGUCACAGUGGUGGGCACGCAAGGCCAGGUGAGUGAUGCCAGCCUGUACGUUGUGUGCAGCCGCUGUGGCCAGAUCAGCCAUGACCUCAACAAGUGUGAUUUCUGCUCUCGCCAGAUCUCUGUCGCCGACAGGAGCAAGCCAAGAGUUUGUGGUCCGAAACGACGCCUCAACUUAGAUGGAGGAACGACGGCAAGCGGCGGCAGCGGAUCUGGUGCCGGCAGUCAGCAACUGCAGCCGACCGAAGCGAAGAUCACCAAGCGCACCUUCUAUGGCAACGACGUCAUAACGAGGCCGCUACUGCAGACCGCCAGCAGCAACAACGUGCUCACUGUGCGACAAGCGGUCCUGACGACCAACGGCCAGGCUCGGCCGCCGCUCCUUUCUGCAGUGGCCGCCAUGCCGCCGGCCAAGCCCAUGCGAAGCGUGCCUGUUGUCCGUAGAACAAAAAGAGAGCCUGAGUGCCUGACCAUCUCCAUAUCGUCUGACGAGGAGGCCGAUGCGGACACAGCCAGCGAGGAGUGCUACCAGAAGGUGUCCUCCUCCGAAACGCCCACCAAGGAGAACCACUCUGCCCCCCAGCCGGCUGCGGCUGACGUACAGUGCCUAGAGCGGGUGCAGGAGACGCCACCAGAAAGCCCACGCGGCGAUGGCCGAGGUGCAGUGGUGGUGGUCACGUCGACGCACUCGGAUGUGCCUCGAAGCUUUGGCGGGAGCAACUCCGCUGCACCAACGAAUUCGGAGAUGCGUUUCAGCUGUCGCAGCAUCCGCAUUGGUUCCUACAAGGCCGCACCGGGUGAACACUGGGUCACAGUCUCGAAUCGAGGCAUCAGUUUCACCAUCCAGACACCGAGAGAAGGCCAGGAAUUGACGCUGCGGCUGCUGGAGAGUGAUGUGAUACAAGUGCUAGGCAAUCUGUCACGCAACAUGGCCGUGCUCUUUGUGACCACAAGUCGUGACUACGCAGCUGCCGUGCGCACCAAGCUAGGCAUGAAUCGCAAGCAGGGCGCAUACUACGACCCCACAAGUACAGAAGAGAGACAGAAGUGGAUCACCUUCCUGCCUGAGCCAUCGUUCACAGAGGACCAGAAAUCCUUCCUGCGGCAGGUAUUUCCGGGCCCCCUCUUGCACGAAAUCAAACAGUUCCAGGCCAACGAUAUCCUAAUCAGGUCCUCGCCGGGACCUGGGCUGAUGCCUCAUGCAACAGCAUACGGUUCUUGUGCUGCGCAGAGAACGGGUGAAGUAGUGGCGACGUCGGCUGCUCCGUCGGCGGCCCAGCCACAGACCAGCUCGGCACCCACCGUCACGCACGUGGUGAUUCACAGCGUGCCCAACUCCACCGCCAUCGUGACGCGGACCACUCGUUCCUCUUCCGCGAGCUCCUCGGCAGUCGCUGCCGUGUCGAGCAGCAGUUCGGUGAUGGCCACUUGUGAACAGGGGUCAUCGCAAGAAGAGAGUUCAUCGGGACCGAACAUAAAGCUGCUGGUGUACCCCGCGCCACCAAAGACAGGUGGCAUCCCAGUCCACAGUGCUGACCUGCGUUGCCUGCGAGAAGGCCAGUUCCUCAAUGAUGUUAUAAUCGACUUCUACCUCAAGUACCUGCUGCUGGAGCGGUCGAGCGAGGAAGUGCGGCAGCGGACGCACAUCUUCAGCUCAUUCUUCUACCCACGCCUGACGCAGCGGCUAAACCCUCGUGCACCGGGUCAGCAGGGCCUUACGCCCGCAGCACGACGGCAUCGCAAUGUGCGGACGUGGACGCGGCACGUCGACAUCUUUGCCAAGGACUUCAUAGUGGUGCCCAUCAACCAGAAUGCCCACUGGUUUUUGGCGGUGCUGUGCUUUCCAGGGCUGGUGGCAAACGUUUGCCCGCCACAAGAAGUGGCGGCCAACUACGAUGAUCACACGCCCCUGGCGGACAACCAGAGUCCUGCAGCGAGCCCAAAAGCGCCCGAUGGUGUCAUCGACGAAGGAGAAAGUGUGCUGGAGUCUGACCCGGAUGACGGCACUGAGCUGGAGGAGACGGGGAGUCCACUGGCAAAAGGCGCAGCUGAAGCACCAACGGAAAGGCCGUACAUCCUAAUCCUGGACUCUCUUCGCGGAGGCCUGUGUGGUAGGGCCCGCAUCAUAACAACACUUCGAGAGUACCUGACCGAGGAGUGGAAGGCCAAGAAGCGUACCCAGCUGAACUUCUCCCACAACAACAUGUGCGGCUACGCCCCGCGCACACCACAACAGGGCAACUACAGCGACUGUGGCAUCUACCUGCUGCAGUACGUCGAGAGCUUCCUUGAGAAACCGCCUGGUGUUGGUGACCGGAUGUGGCUAGAGCUGGAGAACUGGUUUCCGGAAGAUCGGGUUGCUCAGAAGCGUGCGGCCAUCCGCGACCUCAUCCUCGACCUGCACUUGCAGCAGAACCCAGGAAGUGACUUCCCCAAACGCUGGCGAGAGGAGGAAGAGGAGGAAGAAGCAGCAGCUCUCCGGGUGGAAGAGCCAGUGUCCACCACUGUUCUUGUGACGCCCGCCACGAGUACGCUCAUUCUUGUUUGCCCCGGGAACAGCAGCAGCCAACCCAGCUGAGGUUGCACGGGGCGGUGCUAGAGUUGGCUAGGGAAGACGACACUGUUGCCAAGGCCAGAUGCAGCACUUCCUCAAGGCAUUGGUUCUUUUUUCGAACGGUGUCAGCCAGGUCGUUUUGUUGCGGCAGGCCUUCAGCCAACUUCCUCGAGCGUGCCGCCACUGAAGACACGAGUGUUGCUGGGGCACUGUGGAGCCUCAAGCUGCAGAGUGGCUGCUGCCUCACUGUUGAGUGGUUGUUGUGUGAGGUUGAGCAUGAAAAAAAGCCUCGCCCAUGGCUAGUCGCUGUGAUCAAAUGCGGCAGGUUACCGGCACAGAGGUCAUUUGUCGAUGCAUCAUUAAUGUAGGCGUUGCAUUCCUGGCAGUUGCAGUGGCAAAUCACCUGGAUGAGUACUGUGCUUGCAAAAAAUCGCCAGAAGAACUCUGAAACUGUUGUGUUAUAUAAGCCUUGGUGGCGGUGUAGUGGGAGAUUUCGGGUGGUUUGUCUCACACGCCAACACGUGUUAUGCACAAAUAAACAGCACGCCGAGAGUGGGAGGUGUCCUUAGAUGUUACAAAAGUAUGUUUAUUUGUUGUAAAAGAUGAGCUUGCAGACUUGUUUCCACACUGGCAUUACGGAAAGCAUUUUGUAUUGGGGAGUGUCUCUUGGCAGCUGAUGACACAAUGGUCUUGGUUCUGUUGGAAACUCUGUCCUGUCAUCACCUCGUGAUGCACUCACAGUGUCUGUGCUUGGGGAGCUUCAGUGGACUGCCCCAUUCGAUUCUCCUGCAAUGGCAAACAAGUGGUCUGGAGUCUCCCACCUUGUCUUAAGGCUCAGUGAGGCUGCCUUCCUUAAAGGUGAAGCAAAGUGCCUCAGCAUGGUCUUGCACGUGUCGUCUGCUACCAACAUCUGGCGAGCAGCACUGUCUGCAGCGAAUUAUCUUUUGUCUCGUGUCACACACUGUUAUGGUGCAGGAGCACUGUAGAGUGAAGCCGUGCGUUGAGGGGUGACCGCUGUGCCUUGCUGGCCACCACGCCUUGAUCAACGGUGUGUGAGUCUUGGCUGUUCAGAGAACACUGGUAAACAGCUGGCAGCAACUUUGAGUUGCUGCAACGUAAUAGUCAAGUGGGCCUUCCGUGCCAUGUAUACAUGUGGUUCGCGGAAGGCCUUGCUCUGCUAUAUACUCUGUAAAUGCAUUUCUGGCUUUCGUAUGUUUCUUGACUUGCUUUUUUUUUUGUGAUAACCUCUUUUUAUGCUGUCCCUACUUUUUAGAGGCUUUUUUUUUUUUGCACUUCUCAUGGUCAGGGUCAAGUAUUCUUCAUCUGCAUUAUUGCUUUCGUACUUUUAAGGAAAGAAGGAAGGAUCAAUAGUUUGUUUCAGGGAAAGGUGAACCAUUGCUUUACCUAAGGUCAUCGCGUGUAGGAAGGAAUGACCAGCGAUUCGGCACUAAGUGAUGUUUCUGAAUAAUCUACUGUGUGUGUAAUCAAAAGGCAUUUCAUGGGAGAUGUCUAACUGCGCAGUUUGCACCAUCUGCUGAAGUGUCUAGUGCACCUGCUUUCAUUUUUUUUUUUUUUUCUUGACCUUUCAUCACUUUGACAGUCUAGGGACAUGCGUGAAAAAAAAUUGCCGAGCCUGCAUGGCGCGACUAUUUCACAGGAGUGAGCACGUCUCAACCUAUGCAAAUAAGGUUCUCUCUACUAUAGUUAGACUCUAGGCACAGCAUUUUUGUGCUGGCCAUAACCUGUUCCUUCUGGUCAGCGCCCUGCAGGCUGACAUAAACAAAAGAAAAGCUACUGAUGUCACAGUCUACUUGCAUUAUUUUGUUUGCCCAGUAUCAAAGUAAUGUGACUCUAUAAUUGAGGGGUUAAUGUGUUUUUCGUGUUAAACUGUUUCGUUUUGUUCAUUCUUGCGUUGUACAUAGGCUGCUAAACUUUAUUUUGUGUGUUCCCCACUGGAGGCCAUGCCAGGUUAGUGCAAGUUCCUUUACAGUGCCGUGUUAUGGAUUAGGUGUGGCAGUGUCCACGUGCCACCCGCGGGCACGCAGUGCUUUUUUUUUUUUUUGUGCGUGUAUAUCUUUUAGGACUACCUGAGACGGUAGUGCAUACACCGUUGAGCCUUCUGCAUUUGGUGUGCUGUUUAUCUUGUUGUGACCAUCCAUUGUUGUUUUUUUCUUUGUUUUUUCAAAGCCUAGUUAAGCCAAAGUUGUUUUGCUCCUUUGAACAAUGAGCAGUGCACCUUAACUGCACUGACGAUUUCCACCACGAUACAUGCCACAAUAUUUCGGGUUUGCAGGGGAUGCUGUGAGACCUUCGCACAUACACGCUUACAGUGACAUCUUUCGAAUGAAUGUUCAUUAAUUGUCCUAGAAGCUCUAAUUAGCCUUAAGUAGCCAACAUGAGCGAGCCUAGGUUGGAAUUGACUCGGUGUUCAGUCCCUGCGAAGAGGACUCUGUUCAGCCACCCCACACGUACGACAUUCCGUUCACUGCUAGGUCGUUCUGCUAGCUAUUUUUGCACUGCACCUACUGUUUUACCUUGGGCAUACAAGGCUUUGGGCAGAAAUAUGUGCUUUCCGUGCUUGUGUCUGUCAACACUGUGUGCAACAUGCUGCCAGUGCAGCCAGCACUCGCAGAGCCCAGUGUUGCAAGUCCUCUGGCUGGAUGCCACGAUCUCUGCCAACACUGCCACUAAGUCAGCACUGCAUGCCUGGUUUCCUUGUGGUGCAUUUGUAUGCGUGCGUGUGUGUGCAUUCGUGAGAAGGAUUUCUUCCGCCGGUUCGUCCGCCUUUCUUUUGCCGUCAUCGGUGGAACUGCGUCGCAGGAUGCUCACAGCGAUGUGAACUGUGUGGCUAGUGUGUGCGAGACGUUUCGUCGUGCCGUUGUGAGCGUGCCCUGCGAUCCAACCCUUGUGCCCUCACUACACCCGUUUCAUAUACCCCUUUCUCACCCCAGCCCUGCCUUGAACUUGUAUUUAAUGAUUUGUACAUAAAACCUUGCAGUGACGUCUGGACAGACGGGGCCAGGUGCAGGAGUCAGAAACUGUUUUUACCGAACCCCUGUUUAUACGUCGCUGAUAAAGCAGCUUUGUUGCUUGAAGUCGUGGGAGGAGGUCGUUUGUUGUGUUCGCCAUUCGAGUUAAGACUUACUCGAUGACGUGAAUAAACGCUUAUAUAUCGCAACAGCA